CUUGUGUUCUGUGAAAAGGCAUAUACACUUCUGACGUCGCUUUUAAAAUUACUGAGAUACUAACACGAAAGUAAAACAAAAAAUCCACGUCAAUUUAAUGGUUAUGAUAAAAGUAAAUAUGUGAACAGUUAUUAAUUAUAAGGAUUUUUACAAUUUUUGUUGCCCUCUGGGUGUGUUCGAACUCUGGAACAACUUUCUCGUUGACAGUGAAUUGAAGGUUUAUUUGUUCGAACUUUGGAGUGAUUUUGUUUGUAUGCUGUGACAAUAAGUUUGGACUUUAGAGAUGAGGACAUUGGGAUCUCAUUGGUGUCCACCCCCAUUCAACGCUAGACUGUGUCUGUGUAAUCGCCAUCAGCUGUGGGCAGAGAUUCACAUGGAGAUAGAGAGGUGAUCAAGGCUACAGUCACGUGAUCACACACCGUUUGACGUCAUCAAGUCGACUGUCUGUUCCCGAGCUGACCUAUCCUCAUCGAAUCUGCCGAUCGAUUCUUUAAAUAUUGGUUUCAAUCACGAACACAGUGGUGAGCAGUGAAUAACUAAUUCGCCAUCAGAAAUCUAGGGGAACUGUGUGUACUGAGAACUCAAUUUGUCAGCAAUUAUCAGAAAUCUGAUUAUAAUCUGUGAUUAUAAAAGCUAGGAGGUUAUAGACAUAAUCUGUCUAUCGUUAGAACAACGCGAAGUCCACUUUUGUUCUAGAACUUAAGAACAUCUAGUGUAUUUUCUCAUAACUUGACAAUUUUUCUAUUUCAACACGGGGAGUGUUGGUUGAAUUGUGGUGAUAAAUUUGUUGUUACCUCGGCUGAAUGGUGUGUUGAGACAGACGGGAGUCACGUGGUAUCAUGAAGUCUACCGACGGGAAGACGAGCCAGGUCAAUCACCUACCGGAGGCUGUCACAUUGGUAAAAAAAGAAACGAUCAAGUCCUUCGCUCACACCAAGCGUGUCGGCAACUACUUGCUCGGUCGUACCCUCGGGGUGGGGAGCUUCGCCAAGGUCAAGGAAGGUCUUCAUCUCACCACAGGUGAAAAGGUAGCCAUCAAAGUUAUCGACAAAAAGAGAGCCAAGACCGAUAACUAUGUUCGGAAAAACUUGCGCCGUGAAGGGAAGCUACUCCAGCUUAUUCGUCACCCUAAUGUUGUGUCCCUGUACGAGGUGAUGGAGACAGACAACUCUUACUAUUUGGUGACAGAGUUAUGCCGGGGCGGCGAUUUGAUGGAGUAUAUCACGGCCAAGAAACGACUGCCAGAGUCGGAAGUGUCCAAGUUCAUCCGUCAGAUUGUCUCAGCUGUGGAUUAUCUGCAUCGGCUGGGGAUUAUCCACAGAGAUUUGAAAAUUGAGAAUCUGUUGCUGGAUGCAAAUAAAGACAUCAAAUUGAUUGAUUUCGGCCUGAGCAACUUUAUCCGUGUGGCCAACUCACCAGACGGGACUAGGGCUCAGGAGUUCUGUGUCACCCAGUGUGGGAGCCCAGCGUAUGCGGCUCCUGAGCUGCUCAACCACGAGAAAUAUGGGCUGCAGGUGGAUCUGUGGAGCAUAGGCGUCAACAUGUACGCCAUGUUGACCGGCGGGCUCCCCUUCACCGUGGAGCCCUUUAACAUCAAAGCCCUGUACGCCAAGAUGAGGGACCGGCAGAUGAACCCUGUACCAGACGACUUAACCCGAGACUGUAAAGACCUGCUCCGCAAGUUUUUGAACCCUGACCCAGCAAGACGUAUCACCAUAACGGAAGCCUUGAGUCACCCCUGGCUAGCUACAGGCAACAAACCCUUACCACGCCACCCCUGCCCCAACAAGAUGAGAACGUCAGACCUGGAUGCCGACAUCUUAAGUCACAUGUCCGAGAACCUGGGCUUUCGUAUGGGCGAGGUCAUCAAGUUCGUCACCUGCAAUACCCCCAGUCCAGCUUGCGCCACCUAUCACCUGUACCUAAGCCGAGUUAGCAGAUACAACCUGGAGCAAAGGUCAUCAGGACAGAUGACCCCUGCGGGGAACAGAAAGACAGGGGAGGAUACUCGAAUAACUCUACAUCUCCAGGAUAUGCGAGCUAAAACGGAGAUGAAAAAUAACAAAGAACAUCCACCCCACACCUCUACAUCAGGGGUCAUCUCCCCCACCCCCAGGCUCCAAUCCCGAGGGUUGACGUCGGUGACCACCGAGGGUACCGACACCACCUACAACAGCAAGAAAGAUUCGGGGAUCAGCACGGACGCCUCCAACAUUGAUUCCAGUGACCGCAAGGAGAACCGCAACCCGCUGACCAGGUACGACUCAAUCGACCUCAACACGGACAAGCUCCUCCCCGACUCACCCACCCACUCCGACGUCUCCAGCUCCAGCCUCAAAGACAUCACGGCCAACUCACCCACGUUACGUCAUUUCUCAAAACGUGCUCUGCACGAGCCGACCGUUACCGUCUCCACCACCGUUGGCGUGGUUUCCGCUCGCCAAAACCAACACAUCGACAUCGGGCGAGAGUUGAUUGACAAGCUGACCACGCCCUCCAAGGGAAAGGUGGUCGGUUUCGGGAAUUCCCGCGACGAGAGAUGUAACCACGCGCAAGGGGAAACGAACGCGUUGCGUAAAUCUGUGCCCUCGCCCACGCGGAAUGUUUCGCACCCAAUGACGCGUCAAUCCCACGCGGAAGAAAACUCAGAGGCGCUGGUGAACAAAGAGAGGCAAUCCAUCUACAAUAAAUACAAACUUCACAUGAAAGUCAACACCGUGGAUAAACCCAGCAACAACCAAAUCGGCGACGAAAACAACAAUCUCGUGACCGGAAACCAACCGGCUCAAAUCCGGCGCUACAUCCAAAACAACAAACUGCUCAUCCGCCGAGGCAUGGUGAAAACGGAUUUGAACUCCGCGAACAAACCGCACGACAACAACGUGUACAUCGUCAACGCUGACCCCUACCCUCAACCAAGCCCUUCGAUCAACCGGAUUAUCCCAAAACAGCUAAUCCCAUUCAGGAGCGCGCAGGAUAGACCUCGUCUCUCAGAGAUCCACCCUCUCCACGAUUUAAAACAAUACCAAAAAGCGAAAACAUCCGAAUCCAUGUCCCUGCACGGGAAAAACGUCUUAAACACCUACGCCGGCGAUUCCAGCCCGGCUUCCAAAAGACCGGUCUCGCCGCCUCAGAAACCGGCAGUCGUCCGGCGGAAGUUGGCCAAGCGUCAUCGGAUCGGGGAGCUGACCCCGCCCGGAAGUCACGUGAUUCAAGACCCCGACCCCAUCUUGAAUACUGACCUACUCAUCACGGAUAUCCUGGAUAUGAAGAUUUGCACAGAAGGGAUGAGCUGCGAUCGGAAAUCUCCGUUACCUUCUAUAUCUCCACAGCACUCUCACAGAUAGUUCAGCCAGAUUGGUAUAUCUAUCUUACAAGUAAACGAUAUCCUUGACAUGUACAGUGUAAUACCCAAAACUUCAUUCGCCUGAUGAACAGUUUUACCGAAGACAGUAAAAAAUUAAGUCUUACGGUGAUUGCGAACUGUUAUAUUCGCGAUCGAUGCAAAUUCUUACCAGAUGAAAGAAAAAAAAACAACUUAAGUCUUACAGUAAUUGCAUGAAAAGACGGUGAUAUGACCUAAGCUGUAUGCGAAUUAUGUUCAUAUGAUAUCUUUUUACCGUCAAUAUUCCCAUUAGUUCAUUACCCACCCAUCACCUCAUCACAUAAAAAUGUACGUUAUCAAAGUUUAUACAAAAUGUGGAAUGUUUACAAAAAGCAUUCGACAAUUAUUUAUUCGAAGCAAAAAUAACAAAACAAAUUGACUCGUUUUUAAUAAGUAAUGCUUUUAUAUUAUAAAAAUGUUUUGAUAUUAUUAUAUAAUUGGAACAGAAUAACAAUGAAACACAAAUAUAAUGACGUUCUAGUAUUCUAAGGUACAUGAACGUGUAUCCUAAAAAAGUCGAAUGCAUUUUUUGUAUCAGUAUUCGUAAGCUAGGACAUUAUAAAUGAACUGAUCAUGAUCACAAAAUUAAUGAACGUGCCUUGUGGAUUAGAUAAUUGUAUUACUUCUUUUUAUUGUUUUGUUAUCUAACAUUUGAAUAUUUGGAGGUUUAAAAAUACCGAUAAGAUUGUAGGAAAUUUUCGAACUUACAUUCUACGUCGUUGUAUUUUUAUAACACGAUAUUAUUAUGUAUAUAUAAAAAAACUACUCAGCCUUUAUAUUUGUAGUUGUGUAGUAAUACGAGCAGUUUCAAGAUGCUGCGUUUCGAAACAUGACAUGGCAUUUCAUAGGUGAAGUAGAUUUCACCAGUUGAUGGUAGGGAGACUUAAGCCUCGGUGAAGCGUUGUUACCUUCUAUAUUUAGAUGUAGGAAUGAUACUUAGCAUGUCCUGGUAGCGACGCUACUAUUAGCAAUUUGCUAGCUAUUUAUAGUAGCUAUUGCUAGAGCACUGUGGAAAAAAAAAUGUUGAGAAAUUAAAUUAAGCUUCUCCACAUUACUACUAUACUCAUGAUAUUUUUGCAAAACUUAUUUUUAAUUUAGAUUGGUUAAAACGUUUUACCAAUACGGAUUAAAAUAUCUCCAAUGACUUAUUCUCUUAUGUUAGAUAACAAGAAUAAUAAAUUCCUAAUGUUAAAUUGAUGUAAAUAAUACAAACAUUAUGAGAUUUAAUUAUAUUCUGUCGUCAGCAUUCACAUUUAGCUUAUCAAUAAUCACAUUACCUCAUUGUUAUUUAAUGUAUACCUUCAUAUAUAGACAAAAAAAUCCUUCACUUAGUUGUUGGGUAAAUUACGUUCAAAAUAUCAGUAUUGGAUGGAGCGAAUACGUGAAUUCGCCAAUACUCGUUUUGGUGUAGAAAGUAUACCGUUUUAUUGACUUGUACAUUGAUCCUGACACAAAGGUAUGUGUAACUAUUUUAUAUCACUUGAGACUGUUUCACAUUCAGCAUUCACUUUUAUACCGCGUUGUACAGUAUUUAUUUCUUUGUAAAUAUUAGCUGUCGAAUUGUUACUAGAUCGAGAUAUUGAAUUUGUUUUUCAUUAACUCAACGUGUACAUUAGAACACAUGGAGGUUCAUUGUGAGGUUUAAAAGAUUUUGUACUUCGACUUUGUUAUGUGUAUUCGAUAUUCUUUCAAUCUACGGAUAAACGAUCGUGUACAUUAAAGACACAAUACAGACCUAAAUAUAAUCCUAGAUUUGUUUUUGACUAAAACUCUAGUCUAUUCAUUAGCCUAGUUUUUACCCUUGAUACUAACCAUAAUAGAGAUACCGUACAAUUUAAAUAACUAGAUGAGUGUUAAAAAUAAUACACAAUAUGUAACUCAAAAUGUACAUACUGAAACAAAAAUUGUAAUUUUCUAUUUAAAUAAAAAUGAAAUAGUAGGCUAUUGUAUAAGUUUUCUAGAUAAUUAGUUUAUGAAAUACAUAGUCCUCUCAUUUAAUUUUUUUUUUAUUUAUAUGCGAUGCUGUGAAAAUGCAAAAAAUAAUAUAUAGGGCCUACAUUGUAAUGUAUUACCAUGUCUGUUAUUAAAUUUAGCUCUCGUAACCCGCAUUGUGAUAUGUGAAUUGAUGACAUGUGAUAUGUGAAUUGAUGACUUCAGUAAGUGUGAUAUGUGAAUUAAUUAUAUCCGUGGCAUUUGGUAUAUGAAUAAAUGACUAUAGUUAUAUGUGAUGUGUAAAUUAAUGAUAACAUUGGCGUGUGAUAUGUGAAAACAAAAUAAUGAAGAAAAAUGUGAUAUGUGAGAGUUAAAUAAUUGAUAAAUAUGUGAUGGUGACAUAAUGAACGAAGAGAUGUAUGUGACACGUGAAAUAACGAAACGGUUUAUGUUAAUGUGAUGUGUGAAUGAAAAACCAAAUGACUAGUUAAUGCAAAUAGCACGAUGCAAAAUAUAGCAUUUAGUAUUUUUAUAUCCUCCUUUCGUUUUAUUUACAUGUGAUAUUAUUGGAUUACUUCAUUGGUCGAUAUCUGGAUUGUUGAUAAAACAGAAUAUACCAUUGGUUAAAAAUAUUAAAUAUGUGCUGGGUGAUUCUAUUGGUUAGAACUUAAAAUUCCAUGUAUUAGGUUAUUUUUAACUUUUAAAAUGUUCGGAUUUUGUGCAUUUUUUUUUUUUACAUUUGUUUUAAGUUAAUCAGUCAAUGAGUGAAUGUAAUUUGUAAAUACAAAAAAGUAUGUGAGUUGUGCCAUCUUAGAGAACUGCGUAUAUGUGUGACAUGUAAAAAAAAGAGUAAAGAUUUCCUCUUUAAAACUAGCGAUCUGUUGGGCAUAUCGAGUAGAGCUCAUCUGUUUCAUGUGUAUCACAUCUUAUAUGUGAAGCGUUUGUAGUGUUUAAAUCAGUAGCAUGUCUACAUGUCUAACACAACACAACACAUUUUUUUACUUGUUGACGACUAAAUGAGAGUUUUGUUGGUUACAUCUAUUUAAAAGACAAAAAAAAAAUAUACCGCAGAAUGAAAAGCAAACAUUGGUUGUUUGUUAAAAAAUAAUUUAAGUUUUCUACCUAUCUUUUUUACCUUGUAAUUUUUUUUUUAUUUUCACAAAUGUUCCUUAAUUGUUUUUAUAUAU